AUGGCCACCAUUAGAGUACCAGACGAAGUUCCUUCCCCAGCUCAGGAUUCUGAAACCCUCAAUCACGCUUUUCGCGGUUGGGGAACAGAUGAGAAGGCGAUUAUACGCGUUUUAGGAAAAAGAAACGAGAUCCAAAGAAGGAGAAUCAGGGAAAGCUACAAAGAAAUAUACGGCAAAGAUCUUAUCGAUGUUCUCUCCUCUGAAUUGUCUGGUGAUUUCAUGAUCAUAGUAGAGAUCUCUUGCACAGCUUCUCCAAGCCAUUUAAUUGCUGUGAGGAAAGCUUACUGUUCUCUCUUCGACUUAUCACUCGAAGAACACAUUGCUUCCUCUGUCCCCUUUCCUCUUGCAAAGUUGCUGGUGACGUUAGCAAGCUCAUUCAGAUAUGACAAGGACAAGGUUGAUGCAGAAGUAGCUACAAUCGAAGCAGCUAUGCUACGCGAAGCGAUAACAAAGAAGCAGCUGGACCAUGAUCAUGUCCUGUACAUACUAGGAACUCGCAGUAUCUUCCAGCUCAGACAAACUUUUGUCGCUUACAAGCAGAGUUAUGGUAACACAUUAGAUAAGGAUGUUGAUGAAUGUCCAGGAGAUGCUGAUCUGAGAAGUCUACUGAAGAUGGUGAUCUUGUGUAUUGAUUUCCCUGAGAAACACUUUGCAAAGGUUGUAAGUGAAUCGAUUGAAGGUUUUGGAACUGAUGAAGAUUCGUUGACGAGAGCGAUCGUGACGCGUGCAGAGAUCGAUUUGAUGAAAGUAAGAGGAGAGUACUUCAAUAUGUACAACUCAAGCAUGGAUAACGCUAUUGUUGGUGAUGUUUCCGGAGACUACAGGGACUUCCUCAUCACCUUGCUUGGUUCCAAAAUCUAA